AUGGCCAAAGAUCUUAAAGAGCUUCAAGAAUCCGAUGUUAUCUUCCCGGAUCACCACCAUGUCCACCACCACAACAACAACAACAAUACUUGCUUUGAUUAUCAAGAAAUGAAUCAUCAUAACUCGCGCGUGUCACGUAACAGCAACUCCUCCAAGGACUACAAUAAAAAAAUGGCGAAUUCGCUCCCGGUGAGUAUCCCGGGUAGCAUAUUCCACCACGGGGAUAACAAUAGCUUUGAAGAUGAAGAACGAGAAGGCGAAGAAAUGGUGCCGCCCCAUGUGAUCACGGGGCGUCGAGUAGAAGGAAAAAUGGCCUUCUCCGUUUGCACCGGCAACGGGAGGACACUCAAGGGAAGAGAUUUAAGCAAAGUUCGGAAUUCAAUCCUUAGGAUGACUGGGUUUUUGGAAACAUGA